AACGGAGUCGUGUUUCAGCCGCAGAAAACGUGAAGGAGGUUUCAGACUGCGAGGUGGGCUCGCAGGGCGAUCAAUACGAGAAUUCUAUUCUAGACUGAAUUGCACUAUAAAAAGAUACAUCUUUAAUCAACAACCAUUGAGAAGAAAUGGGAAAGAAACUACCUCAUUUACAUAACAAGGUCAAUAAAAAAAAAUCAAAAGAUACGACAAGAAUGUUUUGAAGUAAUGUACAAAACCUCCAUGAGGAAAACUUCUGUUUGAUACAAGAUGAUCCCAGGGUUUAUCUAAAUAAAUCAGAAAGAAGAUUUUCAUCAACUUGGGCAUUUUCUUGUUGGCAUCCAGCACCCUCGUGGCUUAUGCUGAAAUCUGAAGAACGUGACCACAACUAGCCUCUGUCUAACAGGGAGCUAAGUAACUCUGCAAUGAAACAAAAUUCUAGACUGUCUAACUACUGAGAGAGGAAGCUGAGGCCUCAUAAGGCCAAGGACACACUCGAGUGCAAGAGUGUGGUCACAUGCGGAUUAAUGGACCUGCGCCACCUCUGCCCUGCACUCACUGCUAUCAGAGCGGAAUCCAAGUGAGCUCAGUGGGGUCAAUACCACUUACAACACACUUUGUUCUCCAGGAUCCGUGUGCCCAAAAAUAGCCUUCCCUCGCUCCUGCCGAGAGAUGGUUCCCUCAGAGUUUGGCCAGCACCCAGGUUGUAAAGAAUUAAAGGAUUUGAGGACGUGCUUUCCUGUCUGAGACGUCGACCGCUACAACCCAGGGUCUGGGAAAGGUCCUUGGUUUACCGUUUCAUGCAUCAGGGUGGCAGCGAGGCAGCGAGAACCACUGAGUCCUGAAGAUGUUAUGGAAGAAGGCUCCGGCGCCGGUGCAGAAAGCAGCCAUCGGACUGUGCUUUUUGUCCCCUGCAUGAUACUCUGCAGCAGGAAAGAGAUGGAGAAUAUUCUCUUGGCUCUGAAAAGCAUGAGCGCCGGUUGGCUGAGCUCCAGCCCCUCCUCCUGGACGACGGGGACCACCUUCGCCUUCCUGUGUGGACUGUGGCUCUUCCUCCUGCUAAUCUCCUGCUUCCAGACUGACCCGUCGUCCUCACCACCACGUCGGAAACGCAGACUCAGCAGAAAGCAGGUAGAGCUGAGGCGCAGGAGCAUCAGAGACAAGAAGAAAAGCGAACUUCUGAAAGCCUGCAGAGAUUGUCUGCAAGAACUGGAUGGGGUUCGGGACCUGGUUUCCCUUCUGCAAAGCCACCGGGGGCGGCGUCCUGACCACGGAGGCCUCCCCCAGCCCUUAGGGCAAGAAGGCCCUGGGGACGUGUGCGAAGCGGCACCUGCGGGAGCCCAGCGGCCCUGCGGGGGGCCCGUGAAGGAUGUGGCGCCCACCACGCCCGGGUCGGCUUCCCCCACGCUCCUGGCCUCCACGCCGUCACCAAGCCCACCGACCUCCUCAGUUUCUGUUCGUUCGAACUCCUCCCUGAGUCCUUCUUGGCUACCAGAGUCUCUCCUGCCCCCCGAUGGCUUUUCCGCCCUGCCCCUUGGUCCUUCCCCUUCCCCGCCCUGCCUCCCGUCUCCAGAGGCCGGCCCUCCACCCCAGACGGCCUCCCCCACCCCCCCGCGGCCAGACUCUACCUUAGCCCUCCUUCCGUGCAAGGCGUUGGCACUGCCACUGAAUGCCGUCCCUCGGAGCCCGUGCUGGCGCACCGCCGGGUCAGCCGCUCCCCUGCCAGGCCUGGGCCGCCCGAGCUGUCCCGGCCCGGCCCUGUCGUGGUGGUGGGCGGCCCAGGCCUGGGGCCUGUCCGCCUCAACACGCCUGGAGUCGCGGCAGGGGCCUCCGGCCCACCGCCACCCGGAGGCGUUGUUCUGGAGGGACCCCAACACGCAGGCGGAGCCUGGCGUCCUCUCUUUCAUCGAUCCUGACGUCCAGAAGCUCCUGGAGAUUCUCAUCACCAAGAGAUCAGAACUGAGGAUCUGGAAGGAGAAGGAAAAGGAAGAAGGGUCAGACUCCCACUUGCACCCUUUGGGGAGCGUGUUCACGUCACCGCGGGGCAAGCCGGACACCGUGGGCUGCCGACCCCUCUGGAGCAUGCAAGGCGGGCCCCAGCAGCUGCUCGGCCCGGAGAAGCCUCCAUAUCCCGAGGUUCGGGGGGGCCGUUUGCAGCCGGUAUGUAGCCAGCUCUUCUGGGGUCUCCCCAUUCUGCACAGUGAGUCCUUGGUGGCCACUGUCAGCCUGACUGGUUCCCCACUGGACUUGACGCCUGUCAUUUUCAAUGAACCGUCUCAUGCCUUAUCAUUCCAAAUUCAGGACAGCGUAGCUUCUCAUCCGUCACCGGCCCAGCCCUUCCCUCACACUUCGGCCGAGCCCCAAGCCUUGACCCCAGGCUUGACCCAGCCUCAGGACCCGCCUCCGGCUCAGGUCGAGCCCCAGGCCCAGCCCGCACCCUCUGUCCCAACGGGACUGCCUUCUCUCCCGCCCCAGAUGGCCGGGGAGGCAGCUGACCCUCCAGUGCAGGAUAACACACCACCUUUCAUCCCAAAUGCAAUUCAAAACCUGGAGAGUCACUUUUUGAAGAAGCAACUAGAAAGGAGCAGGACUUUACCCUCUGUGGUGAAACGAUCUCAGGAAGUCUUCAGCCAGGUCCUUCCUGACUUUCCCCAGGACAGCGAGGCCCCCCAGACCCCCAGGACAGCGUCCGUCCUUCCCUGCCCCUCAGGGGACUCGAUCGCCCCUGAGCUCCGGGAACACCUAGAGCAACACUUUUGGAAGAAAUCCAUGAAGCAGCAAGAUGGCGGGACCCACAAGAUCCAACACUCGGUGGAGCUGAGCCGGCCCCACGGCGAGCUCCCGAAGGCAUCACAGGCACAGAGUGGAAGCCGCCAGGCUGCCCAGAAGACCAGGCCCAGGCGCCCAGCAAGGACCAUGCCAGGUAAAAGCCUGGGCAAGGAUACCGGGCCCAGUGUGGGGGGCGCCGAGAAAGAUCUACACAGGAGCUUGACCAGCUCUUCACUGAAGGUUUCAAGAAUAAGCUCUGAGGGGUCAGACUUGACGAAGCCCCGAACGAGCGGCCCAGACCAGAACCACCCAGAAAAGCUCCUGAGAGCCCAUUUGGGCAGGAAAUCAGGGCAGAUCAGAGAGGGUCAGAUCCCUGUGGGCAUUCAUCAAUCCAGGCUUGGUGUCAACCAUGCCUCGGACCUUCCUGCCAAGCCAAGUGCUCACAGAGAAACUGGAAAUCUAGCAUUUUCCAAGUGUCCGGAGCCCUGUGUGAACAUCUCCCAUGAUUUUUCCAUCCUCAGUCCAUACACUCAACGGAUGCUGGAGGCACAUAUUAUAAGGUUCCGGGUGAAGCACAGAUGGGGCCUACCCCUCAGGGUCCUCAAGCCUCUCAGUCUCUUUAAGUUGAAAAAGAGCUCAAUCUUUCCACCGCCCUCCACUCCCUGCUUGGCCACCUGUCCACCUAAGGCCCGGGCGAAAGCCAAGUUCUUGGAAAACCCGCCUCAGCCCCAUCAAGGAGGGGUGGUAAUAACAGAAGAGUCCGUUCCCACCUUGAGGGCUCCCCUUCUUGCCCCCCAGCCUGCGCGUGAGGAAGUCCAGGCUGGGCAGGCCCUGGGCAGGUCCUCCUCUGGUGACGGCCGUGGGCCCUCGGGGGUCCCUCUGGCUGGACGGGAGGCCGGGCCACACUCUCAGACCCCCACAUACAGCUUCGUGGGCAGAAUCUGGCACAGCGAGAUCGGCGCGGGGGCUCUUGAGAAUCUCAGCUUGGAGGCAAGUCCAGGUCCAGCAAUGGCCACAGAUGAGCCGAUGAGGGAGAGCGGGGGUUGGACUUCAUGGGACUCCUGCUGCAGCGUAAAGGUACUAGACCUCGGCUUAGAAUCCCAGUCUUCCAGGGCCAGAGAGGGCUCUGCGUGGGGAGACUCCCUGGACCCCAGUGAAAGCAUCCAUGCGGAUGUGAGAAGACUGGGGUCGUCCGGGAGCAGCCAAGGCCUCUCAACACCCACAGCGUUGGCGGGUCUAGGCCAGGACAAGCCUAAAGGGGUUGAGCUCCGGGGGCUGGCGGGGUGCGCAGGGCCCGAAGGCCGAGGCGGCAGCGUGCUCCUGCAAGACUGUGAAAGGGGAGUGCUCCUGCAAGACUGUGAAACGGGAGUGCUCCUGCAAGACUGUGAAACGGGAGUGCUCCUGCAAGACUGCGUCUCCAACGAACUCCUGGAGGGCUGCCGCUCCGACGUGCUCCUCGCUGCCGACGUCUUGGCCUCUCACGGCUCUCUGCCUGGCUUCCCGAGUGAGUCCAGCACAGACACGUCGACUUCCCAGACGAUCCUCCACUUCAGAGCGAGUGCGCAGAACAGCGAGGGGCAGCGGGGGCCCCUGAGGCCGCCGGGCCUCCGGAAGACCCAGAGCGGCCGCCCGGACCGCAGAGACGACCGCUGGAGGUUCAGCCUGGGGGGGCGUGACAAAUGGCUGGCGGAGCUCAGGGCCUUCCAGGCCAGCGUGAUGCACUGCCCUCCCCGGGACCAGGAGUCAGCAGAGAUCCUGAGAAGCGAGCUCGGUCAGCUCCUGCCCAAGGAGGCCGCUCCCCCCGAAAGCCGCUUCAGAAGGCGGAUGAGGCGCUUCCUGCAGUGGAUUUUUCCCAGCAAAGGCAAAAGACCGGAAGAUUCCCCGCGCCAGGGCGAGCCGGCCCCCACCCCCGCCCAGAGGCCGGGGUCCGGCUCAGGCAUAUCAGUUGAGGACGACAAGACUCAGGUGCUCAUGACAGCCAUGGGACACAUCCUGGAGGAGAAAACGGUGCCUCACCGGGGACUUAGAGCCUCGGAGUUCAACUGGUGCAAGCGGGAACUCCAGGCACAGGCCGGGCCCGGCGUCUGCUACCACAAGGUUCUCUCCUACCAAGAGCAGAGGAGAGUGAUGAGAGAGACAGCCUCCAAGGGCCACGGCUGUCCUAACAAGGCCCCGUGCGUCAGGGGCAGAGACAGCAAGUGGGCCUUCGUACCCCAGACGCUGGGGUCCCCAGGCACACCCUGCCACCACGGGCCGAUGGGGGCCAGAGCCUCAGGCCGCCCUCACCACCCCCACUGUCCCAGGCACUGCCUCCUUCAAAAACACGUUCCGUCUGGCCAUUCAGCGUGUGCAGCUCACGCCUUUCUCGGGAAGACACCUUUUCUCCAAGAACGAAUGCAUACAGUACAGAGAAAAACGUAUUUUUCUCAGGUCAGCACAUCGUCUAUGGACUAA